GAAAUUAUUGCAGUCUGCAUUGGAAUGACUAAAGUUCUUAACACAUAUGAUGCUAUUGUGCACUCAUAUGAUAAUUUGGCUGUAAAUUGAUUAAAUAAUGAUACCAAUUUCCAACAUUGAUUUUUGUGUGAGCGUUAGCGGUUGAACGUACAAAUGGAGAAACCCUUGGCUACCAGAACAAGACAUGAAACGUACGCCGAACUUGUUCAACUUGCGUUUCCAAACCCAAAUGACAUGCGAAAAAUUGACGAUGGUUGGUGCGAGAAACCGAUACCGGAAAAGAACGGAGUUAAAACUGUGACAUCCACCAGCGUUACAACGUUUCAAGAUUCAGAUCCUAAUCCAACAAUCCAUUCAAGUACUAGUGAAUUAAUGAGCGAGCUAUGGUCCAAAUCUAGAAAAAUUACGAGUGACCGUUUAAAUGUAUUGCACAUAUCGACGAUUAUAUUGUUGAUAUUACUGUUUAUCGAAGCAAUUAUAAUAAUCGUAUUGAGCAAAGAAGAUCCGCAAGCUUGCUUGACUCCAGGCUGCAUAGAAACCUCAUUUCAAAUCUCACACAAGUUAGAUACCUCUGUCGAUCCCUGCACCGACUUUUAUGAAUUUGCGUGUGGCAAUUACAAAAACGAAAUAAUCCUUGAAGAACACCAACAGACCAGGAAUAUUUUUACAGACGUGUCCGAGGCGAUGUACACUCGUAUCGAACUGCUGUUCAAUACUUCGUUCUCUGGUCCGAAACAUCAUCAUAUUUUAACAAAACUGUACAAUCUUUGUCUUGACAAUAAUGCAAAAGACGUAAUAAUGAUCCCUAGUAUAAUUACCCAGUUAUCAAGUUGGCCUAUUUUGGAAGGAAUUAAAUGGAACCCAAACAAUUUUCAUUGGACUGAAGUGAUGGUUAAAUCGAAGAAGCUUGGACUUCCCUACAACUCCUUUAUUCAGAUAGACGUUCAACCCAACCUUUACAACACCUCUAAAAAUGUUUUAACUAUAGAUUGUUGCACAGCACCUUUGAUACAAGCCGAAAAGUAUGUAAAUGAAACAUUACGUGUACUAAAUCUGAGUGCGAUAUCAACCGAAGAUCUUAUCCAGUUUGUUACAUUUCGGAACAAUAUAAUGAAGAUCAAUGAAGAAGUCCGUAAUGAGACACCUAUCGUAUUGACCAUUAAGAAAUUGCAAGAUAAUUUUCGUGAACUGGAGUGGAUAAAAUAUCUCCAAGGUUUAGUUGAAGAUCCGUUAAGCAAUGAUGAUAAAUUAAUCGUGUUAUCUCCUUCUCGAGUAAGCAAGGUGCUUAUAUUGCUAGCCAAAGCACAACCAAGAGUACUCGCGAAUUAUAUCUUUUUAGAAGUGUUGGAAUGGAUGUUCCGUUAUGCAGGCAAAGCGUUACGCAUUAGACACCUGCAGCUGGCAGGAGAAAAUCUUAUUUCACGAUCUCAUUUAUGCAUAGAAGAUCAAUUGAAAAGUUUGAGUUUACCAUUGUAUUCAUUGUAUUCAAAAACGUACUUUAGCAACGAUACUAAAAAUGAUGUAAAGGAAAUGCUCACCAACAUACGUGCAGAGCUUCUAACACUAUUAAAAUCCUAUGAAUGGCUUGAUGAACCUUCGAGAAACAAAUCUAUCGAAAAGGCUAACGCUAUUGACUGGUUUAUGGGUUAUCCUGAUGAUUUACUAGAGGAUCACUUUCUUGAAGCGUAUUACUCAAAGCUUGUUAUUGACUCUGUAUCUUAUUUAAAUUCAACGUUAUUACUUAAUAUAUUUAAUGAAAACCAAAAAUUUGGUAGAUUACAUCAACCCUCCAAUAAAGUUAUGAUGGUUAGGCGGCGUGAUAAAUCAAACACCCGAAUCGGAUAUGAUAUGGUGUACAACAGUUUGGAUGUAAUGGGUACAACUUUUCCGAAAUUGGUGUUCGACAUCGAUUUCCCAAAGUAUUUGAAUUAUGGAAAAGCUGGUAUGAUAAUCGCAAAUGAAGUAAUACAUGGUUUUGACAAUGAAGGAAGAAAGUAUGACAAAGAAGGAAAUUGGAACAAUUGGUGGAGUGAGGGCACGAUUCUUAAAUAUGAAAACAAAGUACAGUGUUUUAUUAAACAAUACGAAAAUCUAGACAAGAUUGACGGAAAAGUUACUCUUCGUGAAAACGUAGCCGACAACGCCGGGUUAAAAAUUUCUCGCUUAGCCUAUAUGACUUCCACCAAAAAAACUAAUCCAGAACGAAAAUAUGCUGGAUUAAAUUACACCCAAAACCAGAUGUUUUGGAUAGCUUUCGCCCAACUGUGGUGCUCAAAAUCGCAAUACAAUCACGUUGAUGUUGCACCGUUCGGCACAUCACCUUAUAAAUAUCGGGUAAUUGGCACGUUAUCUAAUAUGGAAGAUUUUUCAAGAGAUUUUAACUGUCCUGCGAAUUCUACAAUGAAUCCAUUCGAGAAAUGCGAACUUUGGUAAAUCUGCACCGUGCAAUAUUUUGG